UAGAUUCAGUCUGAGCACGGAAAGGGAAACGGGCAAGAAACAUGACUCGAAUUCGCCCCUGUGAAGGUUUCCACCUCGAAGGAAUAAAAAAACUCCCCCCAUAUGUGAGAAGGAUAAGUGUAGGAGUGCUUUAAGUGUCAGAAAAGAGAGCGGAAGCAGAUGGAAGAAGAGCUCCGUCAAGAGGCAAUCAAAGGCGUCUGACAGCAAGCUCAGGAACUCCGGAUUUGAUUUCUUUUGUUUAUUUACAGGGGACUCUGAAUUUUCGGUUCGUUGCAGUUUAGACGCUACUUGUGAUUUUAUGUGAGUGCAAUUACCUCAGAAGAUCGUGGAUCGCGUUUUGCUUUUGUACACCGAAGACAGUAUCAAAGUGUCGGGAGUACAACGCGGGCCUCGGAGGCUGGUUUUGUGCAUUUCUUCAAGACGGAGAAACAUUUGGUAUCUGACCCCAUACACUGGAUAUAAACUUUUUUUCUCUCCAUUUCUGCCCCAGUUUUACUCCAAGGGAAAGCGGGGUGUGCAAUUGAAGUGCGAGUGCCGUGCUUGUAAUGGUACUUUGUUGCUGCAAACCGUCCUGUCGGCUCGUGACUGUGGAAAUCCAGGUAGAGGAACUUUCUCUGGAGCUCCGUCUCUGUGAAAUCAACAAGUUGCAUUGGAUUGGUUUCCUUACAUGUGCUUAUGCAACUACUUUUCGUUACAGCGACAUCUUGUACAGUAUUAGGGAAUUCUAUCAUUGCCUGGUUCAUAAAAAGGCUCGUUUUCACCCCGACAGAGGCCAGCCACAUUCUGCUGUAGGCGUGUGAAGGGAGGCUAAGUGACCGACACACAGGCUCUGUGGAGCUCUGGCUCAACAGCCCCUGUGACCGUGCCAGUUCAGGGCAGUUUGUGCCACUGGAUUAAUCUGAGUGAUAACAUCACUCUUCACUGCCCUACUCUGUCCUGUGACGAGUCCCCCAGAAAGCGCCAGUAAUUGGAGCUAUUUUUAGUGUAAGGGAUGGGGUAAAAGCAGGCAGCUGGAAACCCAACCUCCCCUCCACCUCCUUCUUUUCCACCCCAUCUAUCACACUGCCUCGCUCAGCCCACCUGGCAGUAUGCUGGGCGAGCCUGGUUAGCACAGACUUGACUUACUUCAAGGUAAUGUGUUUUACAAGCAGUCUGGAGGACUAACCAGAAUUGGACAGACAUAUUCUGCUGCAUGAUAGGAACUCUUUUGAAUGCAUACUGACCAUGUAGUCUUGUUAUCUUGAAAUACUAGCAGUCCUAAAUCCCACUAGUUAAGGUUGCACUGAACAUAAACACUGUUCUGGAUUACUACUAAGAAGAUGGCUAAAGAACUAGCUGUGUACUUUUGGUUAAACCUACCCAGGACUAAGUGAACCUGUCAAAAGCAAGUGGUGUCUAUGCCUGUAGCCCUGGGACAUUUAGCUCAAACUCUUAACCAGAGUAGACACUAUAUCUGAAGAAAGGCCUAUUUUUGACUACCUAAAAGAUCAGUCACCAGCGAACUGGAGUGGUACAGACCUCUUGCGCACUGAAAGAAUGCAUGAAACUGCCGAAACCAACGUAACAAAAAACUAACCUGACUAACCAAAUAUUCUAUUUCCCUCUACUCCCCAGAAUAUAUAUGUAGAAUGAGAGAUCUAUAUCUAUAGUGCAACUCCACAGAAGAUAGAGUUUGCAUCCUUUAUAUUUUUACUUCAAAGAGACAAGCUGCCUGUACACCAGUUGGUUGCCUUAGAAACCACAGUCACAAAAGAAUUUAAAAAAAAAAAAAAUACCCAGAGAGGACGGUGCCUUUUGAUUGGUUGGUCGGUUUCCCACCAUUUCAAGAUUCAUCGUUUUUUUUUUUUUUUUUUUUUAAAUUGGAUGUAAACUGUUGGAGUGAACUCUGGGAUUGAAAACACCCCUGAUGACAGUGACCUGACUGCCCGUACCCCCUCACAAGCUCCACUUAUCUGUCAGUGCAUUUCAAUUGACAGUAUUUCUCUGCUGGAUUGAACAUUUGCCAAGCUUUUCCAUGGUUGUCACAUCAUCAUCCGUGGAUGACAAGACUGUGCCCCCAUGCAGGAUGGUCCAGUCAGAACCUUGGAUCACCUCAGCACUGCUUCGCAAGAACAAGAGUGUAAGCAGCUCAGGAUGCCCGCCCACCUCCUCCUCCUCCUCCUCCUCCUCCUCCUCCUCCUCCUCCUCCUCCACUGCCCAGGGCUUCUCCCUCGCUGAGCCAGCCAUGACCAGCCAGCACACACAUACACACCCCUCCUUCAGCUCCAUCCACUCCAUGGCCGAACAGCAGCAGGUGCUGUCUGAUAUGACCAUACUCCAGCGGAGGAUCCCCCCUAGUUUCAGAGACCCUGCCUGCGCCCCAUUGAGGAAACUCUCUGUUGACCUCAUCAAAACUUACAAGCACAUCAAUGAGGUAUACUACACUAAGAAAAAGCGGAGGGCCCAGCAGGUCCCUCCUGAGGACAGCAGCACGAAGAAGGAGAGAAAAGUCUACAAUGAUGGCUAUGAUGAUGAUAACUACGACUACAUUGUCAAAAAUGGAGAAAAGUGGCUGGACCGCUAUGAAAUAGACUCACUGAUUGGAAAGGGCUCCUUUGGACAGGUGGUGAAGGCCUACGACCACCAUGAGCAGGAGUGGGUUGCCAUUAAGAUCAUUAAGAACAAAAAGGCAUUUUUAAACCAGGCACAGAUUGAACUACGCCUGCUGGAGCUCAUGAACAAGCAUGACACUGAGAUGAAAUAUUACAUAGUCCACCUGAAGCGUCACUUUAUGUUUAGGAACCAUCUGUGUUUGGUGUUUGAGUUGUUAAGCUACAACCUAUACGAUCUGCUGAGGAACACCAAUUUCAGAGGAGUUUCCCUUAACCUCACCAGGAAAUUCGCACAGCAGCUUUGUACAGCAUUGUUAUUCCUGGCCACUCCGGAGCUGUCAAUCAUCCACUGCGACCUGAAACCUGAGAACAUCCUACUGUGUAACCCCAAGAGAUCUGCCAUCAAGAUAGUCGACUUUGGUUCCUCCUGCCAGCUCGGACAGAGGAUUUAUCAGUACAUCCAGAGCAGGUUUUACCGCUCUCCGGAGGUUCUGUUGGGAAUGCCGUAUGACCUGGCUAUUGACAUGUGGUCUCUGGGAUGCAUCCUAGUGGAGAUGCACACAGGAGAGCCUCUCUUCAGUGGCUCCAAUGAGGUCGAUCAGAUGAAUAAGAUCGUGGAGGUUCUGGGGAUUCCACCCAGCCACAUGCUAGACGCAGCUCCUAAAGCCAGGAAGUAUUUUGACAAGCUCUCAGAUGGUCUAUGGACGGUAAAGAAGAACAAGGAUGUCAAGAAGGAAUAUAAGCCCCCAGCCACACGGCGUCUUCAUGAGAUUUUGGGCGUGGAGACUGGAGGUCCAGGGGGCCGGAGAGCAGGAGAGCCAGGACAUGCCCCCUGUGACUACCUGAAGUUUAAAGACCUGAUCCUGCGCAUGCUGGACUAUGACCCAAAAAGCCGUAUUACACCAUUCUACGCCCUGCAGCACAAUUUCUUCAAGAAAACAACAGAUGAAGGAACCAACACCAGUUCAUCUACAUCCACCUCUCCUGCCAUGGACCACUCUCAUUCAACCUCCACUACUAGCUCUGUUUCUAGCUCUGGUGGCUCCAGUGGUUCUUCCAAUGACAACCGCAACUACCGCUACAGUAACCGCUACUACAACUCUGCUGUUACACAUUCAGACUAUGAGAUGACCAGCCCUCAGGCUCCCUCCCAGCAGCAGAUGAGGAUGUGGCCAGGCAGUGAUGGUGGAGGUGGGGGUCAGGACCCAGCGUACACCCAGUUGCUGCUCCACAAGCCGGCUGCCUCCCAACAACACCAGCGCCACUUCUUGGACCCACCCCAUCACCCCCACCCGACCUACUCUCACCAUGGGAACGGUGGGCGUGGUCUGAGACAGGGGGGACAGACAGGCAUCGGUGGAGGAGGGGGCCAGCAAGGAUCCUCACCCCAGAUGAGUGACAGCAUGGAUGUGGGCGUGUCCCUCGGGCUGCAUCACCUGGGGGCGGUGUCUUCCAUGGAGGCCUCUCAGUUUGGCUCUGCAUCUCUGCCUCUCGCUCUGCCAAUUGGACUGUCUGCUUUCCGGACUCGGACGGCCCCAACCGCCCCUGGGCCACAAGCCCCACCCCCUGAGGACUACUACCCUUCCUCCAACAACAAUAACCCCACUGCAGGGGGCAGAGGGAGGCCGGACUCAGACGAGGGGCCAGCCAACUCUUGAUAAAACCUGAACCAUGCCCUAAAGCCAUACAAUUUUAACUACAACUACUACAACUACACACAUACAGCCAGAGUUCAGAGACAAAGAGGUGAACUUUGUGCUGAAGGGGACAGUUUGUACUGCAUGAGAGGAGGAGGAGGAAGGAGGAUGCUGGGAAAACUCCUUUUAUCCAGUUAUAGUUUGUUGUCUUCGUUGCGACUGUAAUUGGAAAGGAAUGAUUGUGACAAGUUUGUUUUUAUUAAUAUUAUUGUUGAUUAAUAUUAUUUGAUUUUUCUCGGG